AUGUCUGAUAUAGCAUUACCUUGUGGCAGAAAUGAUACACUUAUUGUGAGAGGAUGGAAUUUGGAUAUUCGCCACAAAGAUCAGUCUAUAUUACUGUAUGCAAAUCAAAGUAUGCUGGUUACAGAGAAAACCUUAAGGUGUGACAAUAAUCAAAAUUUCACAAUGAACUAUGAAUUUUGUCGGAAGAAAUUAUCUAUGAUAGAGAUUUUAUUCUACAGCCCAAAUAACCCAUCUUCAGUGUUACCAAAGAUUACUGUACAGUCACGUGUGUUGAUUGGCCCAAAAUAUCCGCCCCUAAGUUUAUUCGACAUGGAAUCAAUGAAAAUACAGAUGUAUGAAUGUAAGACAUGUAAAGUAACAGCACACCAAAUGUAUCUGGAUUUCCUUGAUAGAGUUAUUCUGAUUGGUAAUAAUAAUAAUAAUAAUAAUAAUAAUAAUAACAACGAUAAGAACGAGGAUAAAAACGAAGAAGAAACCAGCGUUGAUCUGAAUAUUUUGUUACCUGCACUGUUUGGUUCUCUUGCAACUGUUGCAGUAGCUGUUGUAGGAGUUUAUUUCAAAGACAGAUUUUAA